AUGACUGCUCAAUACGUGAUUGUGGGAUCGGGAAUCGUCGGUCUUUACACCACUUACUGCCUUAUCAAUGAUGCCAAGGUGUCUUCAUCAAAGCUUACUGUGAUGGCUGAGUAUCUUCCUGGAGAUGAGUCGAUCAAUUAUACCUCACCAUGGGCAGGUGGAAAUUUUUCAUGCAUUACACCUAACGAUGCUGACACUUUAAGAUUCGAUAAGUUAACCUACACCCAUCUUGCCAUCAUUCAGGCUAAAUUAGGGGGCCCCAAAUGUGGCCUCGAUACGAAGCCAAGUAGUGAGUAUUGGGACUUUUAUCCCGGAGAUGAAAAGAUCAACUCUUUAAAAAGUUAUCUAAAGGAUCUCGUGAUUGUUCCAAAAGAUCAGCUUCCCGUGGGUACUGUGUUUGGUAUCAAGUAUACUACAUGGGAUUUCAACUGUCCCCUAUUUCUUGCCAAUUUCAAAGAAUACUUUGAAUCCAUUGGUGUGACCUUCAUAAAAAAGAAACUCACCCACAUUUCUCAGGCCUAUUUACCUAAAACAAAGGUUGUAUUCAACUGUACCGGUAUCGGAUCCUUUUCUCUUUCCGGUGUGAAAGAUUCAAAGGUUUAUCCUACCAGGGGCCAAGUUGUGGUUGUUAGGGCCCCUCAUAUUCAAGAAAACAGAAUGCGUUGGGGUGAAGAUUAUGCCACCUACAUCAUUCCAAGACCUUAUUCGGGAAACCAGUUGGUCUUAGGAGGAUUUUUACAGAAGGAUAAUUGGACCGGUGAUACUUUUGGAGACCAAACUAAGAAUAUUCUCAAGAGAACUACAGAAUUGAUGCCUGAAAUCCUUGAUAGACCUUUGGAAAUCCUUAGAGUUGCCGCGGGUUUGAGGCCAUCCAGACAAGGUGGCCCAAGAAUUGAGGUCGAGCGAGUUGAAAACAAGUUACUUGUGCAUAACUACGGUGCUUCCGGUUAUGGUUACCAAGCAGGAUUUGGUAUGUCUCAUAAAGCCGUGGGCCUAUAUAUUAAGGAAAAGGCUAUUCUAGCCAGGUUCUAG